CCGUCGAAAACACUCCUUGACUUUCACGAGGUGGUAGUAACAACAUGUUCACAACUACUUUAAGACGUUGGCUCUAAUCUAGGCUGUGCCUUUCGAUUUCGAGAAAAUGAACAACUAUUGAAGAAUCUUUCACUUCUCUCAUGGAUUUCUCAAACCCCGGCAUGGUCUGUUUCGCGAUUUUGCUCCUCUGGGUCUAUGACCAAAUGACUCUAUGACCAAAUUGCCUGAUCUAAAAAAACAACAACUAGAAAACACAUUGUUUAAUAUUUACAGCUACAUUAUUACAAUUAUUACAACACUUCAAAUAAAUGAAUUUAAAAAAAGGUAUCAAAUAAAUUGGUACACUAUGGGUAUAAAAUGGUUUAGAAAAGGUUUUCAACGACAUUUGUCUGGAUAGGCGCAUGCGCAGGACCAGCGAACGGCAGUGUGCCUGGCGCCAAAAUUCGAAAAGCCGAAAGUGUUUCUGUUGUUGACAGCACCACAACACUAGUUCUCCAUAUAGCGUUGUGGUUUUUUAGACGUUAUUACAAUAUCGAAAAGGAUUACUUUGGAAAUAGUUUGGGAAGGGACAACGUAAAGAUGCACAUCAAAUCUAUUAUCUUAGAAGGGUUCAAGUCCUACGCGCAGAGGACAGAAAUCAACGGAUUUGAUCCGCUUUUCAACGCUAUUACUGGACUCAACGGGAGUGGAAAAUCCAACAUUCUCGACUCGAUAUGCUUUCUAUUGGGGAUAUCCAACUUGUCUCAGGUGCGAGCGGCUAAUCUCCAGGAUUUGGUGUACAAGAACGGUCAGGCCGGCAUCACCAAAGCCACGGUGUCCAUAACAUUCGACAACGCGAACAAGAGCCAGAGUCCUCUUGGAUUUGAGACCCACGACGAAAUCACGGUCACAAGACAGGUGGUGAUAGGUGGUAGGAACAAGUACCUGAUCAACGGGGUAAAUGCCAACAACACCCGGGUACAGGAUCUGUUCUGCUCUGUAGGCCUCAACGUUAACAACCCCCACUUCCUCAUCAUGCAGGGGAGAAUCACCAAGGUUCUGAACAUGAAACCGCCUGAGAUCCUAGCCAUGAUAGAGGAGGCAGCAGGAACCAGGAUGUAUGAGUGUAAAAAGAUCAGCGCCCAGAAAACCAUUGAGAAGAAAGAAGCCAAACUGAAAGAAAUCCAGACGAUCCUUGACGAAGAGAUCACUCCCACCAUGCAGAAGCUGAAGGAGGAGCGUUCUUCAUACCUGGAGUACCAGAAGGUGAUGAGGGAGAUGGAGCACCUGAGUCGUCUGUACGUAGCCUGGCUGUUUGUCUGCGCUGAGGAGACCAAGGUGAAGUCAGCGGAGGACCUGAAGGUGAUGCAGGACUCCAUCACUCAGCUGCAGGCCAACAUGGCAGACAACGAAAACAAGGUCCAGGAACUCUCCGCCCAGAUACAGGAACUGCAGAAGAAGAGGGACCAAGAGGUUGGUGGAGUGCUGAAGGGUUUAGAGGAGACUCUGUCUGAGGUCCAGAGGGUCGAUGCUAAAGCCCAGAGUGCUGUGGACAUGAAGAAACAGAACCUGUUAGAUGAGACCAAGAAGAGGAAGGAACUGGUGAAGAGCAUGGAGGAGGAUAAGAAGGUACUCGUUGUUAAGGAAGGAGAGGUAUCCAAGGUAGCGGAGAAGCUGUCUGCCCUACAGGAGGAAGGUCAGAAGGACAGCGCCGCCCUAGAGGCCGCACAGUGUCAUUUCAAGGCUGUGUCCGCAGGGCUGUCCACCAAUGAGGACGGAGAAGAGGCCACGCUCGCCGGACAGAUGAUGACCUGCAAGAAUGACAUGAGUAAAGCUGACACCGAGGCCAAACAGGCCCAGAUGAAGCUGAAACACGCCCAGCAGGAGUUGAAGGCCAAGCAGACGGAGGUCAAGAAGAUGGACUCUGGUUACCAGAAAGACCAGGAGGCCUUCAACACUGUCAAGAAGAACAAGGAGAAAAUAGAGGCUGAUCUGGAGAAACUACAGUACCAAGAUGGAAAGGAGGAGGGACUUCUGGAGAGGAAGAGACAGCUGAACCGUGAGGUCACCACCCUCAGAAAUACCUACGAGGGUCUGAUGUCCCGCUUCCCGAACCUACGCUUCGACUACAGUGACCCAGAGCGUGGCUGGGACCGUAGCAGAGUAAAGGGACUCCUAGCUAACCUGAUAACAGUCAGUGACGUGUCUCUGUCUCCCUCAUAUGACCCAGAGCGUGGCUGGGACCGUAGCAGAGAUAAGAAGGUACUCGUUGUUAAGGAAGGAGAGGUAUCCAAGGUAGCGGAGAAGCUGUCUGCCCUACAGGAGGAAGGUCAGAAGGACAGCGCCGCCCUAGAGGCCGCACAGUGUCAUUUCAAGGCUGUGUCCGCAGGGCUGUCCACCAAUGAGGACGGAGAAGAGGCCCAGAUGAAGCUGAAACACGCCCAGCAGGAGUUGAAGGCCAAGCAGACGGAGGUCAAGAAGAUGGACUCUGGUUACCAGAAAGACCAGGAGGCCUUCAACACUGUCAAGAAGAACAAGGAGAAAAUAGAGGCUGAUCUGGAGAAACUACAAUGGAAAGGAGGAGGGACUUCUGGAGAGAAGAGACAGCUGAACCGUGAGGUCACCACCCUCAGAAAUACCUACGAGGGUCUGAUGUCCCGCUUCCCGAACCUACGCUUCGACUACAGUGACCCAGAGCGUGGCUGGGACCGUAGCAGAGUAAAGGGACUCCUAGCUAACCUGAUAACAGUCAGUGACGUGUCUCUGUCCCCUCAUAGUGACCCAGAGCGUGGCUGGGACGGAGCAGAUGACCCAGAGCGUGGCUGGGACCGGAGCAGAGUAAAGGGACUCCUAGCUAACCUGAUAACAGUCAUGACCCAGAGCGUGGCUGGGACCGUAGCAGAGGAAAGGGAUCUCCUAGCUAACCUGAUAACAGUGACCCAGAGCGUGGCUGGGACCGUAGCAGAUGACCCAGAGCGUGGCUGGGACACAGAGGAAGACAGAGACACGUCACUGUUAUUCAGCCACGCUCGGGGUCACUAUGAGGGAGACAGCAGACACGUCACUGUUAUCAAGUUAGCUAGGAGUCCCCUUUACUUUGAUACGGUCCCAGCCAGCUCUCGGGUCACUAUGAGGGAGACAGACCGUUACGUAUUCUGCCACCGUGGCAGAGAACGAGACUACCAUUACGUAUGUCUACCACCGUGGCAGCGAACGAGGUACGGUACGUAUUUCUGCAACCGUGGCAGAGAAGAGUACCGUUACGUAUUCUGCCACCGUGCAGAGAACGAGGUACCGAGUCUGUACUGCCACCGUGCACGAGAACGAUGGUACCGUUACGUAUGUCUGCCACCGUGGCAGAGAACGAGGUACCAGUUACGUAUGUCUGCCACCGUGGCAGAGAACGAGGUACCGUUACGUAUGUCUGCCACCGUGGCAGAGAACGAGGUACCGUUACGUAUGUCUACCACCGUGGCAGAGAACGAGGUACCGUUACGUAUGUCUACCACCGUGGCAGAGAACGAGAGACGGUACCGUUACGUAUGUCUAGCCACCGUGGCAGAGAACAAGGUACCAUUACGUAUGUCUGCCACCGUGGCAGAGAACGAGGUACCGUUACGUAUGUCUACCACCGUGGCAGAGAACAAGGAGUCUGUGCGUAAGGCCCAGGAGGAGUUGACUAGACAGAAAGAGGUGAUCGUAUCCCAGGACAAAGAGAUCAAGGGUAAGAGUACAGAAGCCAACCAAAUGAGAGAGAGAACCAAUGAGUCUCAGCUGAAGAUUAAAGAGUUGGAACACAACAUCAACAAACACCGUAAAGACAGUCAGGAUGCUGCUGCUAAGGUGUCUCGUAUGUUGGAGGAACAUGAGUGGAUCAGUCAGGAGAGAGGCCUGUUCGGCCAGCCCAACACGGGAUACGACUUCAAGGUCAACAACCCUAAAGAGGCGGGCCAGAGGCUGAAGAAGCUGGAAGAGUCCAAGACACGACUGGAGAGAUCUGUCAACAAGAGAGCCAUGAACAUGUUGAGUCAGGCUGAAGAGAGGUAUAAUGACCUGAUGAAGAAGAAGAGGAUCGUCGAGAAUGACAAGUCUAAGAUCCUCCAGACCAUAGAGGAGCUGGACCAGAAGAAGAAGGAGGCCCUCAACAUCGCCUGGCAGAAGGUGAAUAAAGACUUUGGCAGUAUCUUCUCCACCCUGCUGCCGGGGGCUGAUGCCCGCCUGGCCCCUCCUGAAGGCUGCGGGGCCCUCGAGGGUCUGGAGUUCAAGGUGGCUCUGGGAAACACAUGGAAGGAGAACCUCACUGAACUCAGCGGAGGACAGAGGUCUCUGGUAGCCUUGUCGCUGAUCCUGGCCAUGCUGCUGUUUAAACCGGCUCCCAUCUACAUCUUGGAUGAGGUGGACGCUGCUCUGGACCUCUCACACACACAGAACAUAGGACAGAUGUUAAGGACACACUUCACACACUCCCAGUUUGUGGUGGUCUCUCUGAAGGAUGGCAUGUUCACCAAUGCCAACGUUCUGUUCAAGACUAAGUUUGUAGACGGGGUGUCUGCCGUGUCCCGUACCACCCAGGCCCAACCAGACCAGAACAAGGGACCGCGAAAAGGCCCGUCUCAAAGGCCGCAGGCACAGAAAAGAAUCGCUAACUAGUUCAUGUCUGUAGCUAGCUAGAGGCUUACUGAUGUUUCUACCUGUCUGUCCUUUUAUGUGUUAUCAUUAAAGCCUUUUCCAUGAGUAUUUAGUUGUCCAUUCCACUAGCCGUCUGGCUUAACAUAAAACCUGCAAUUCUUCUGUCCUUGUAUACAGAUCUGUUUGUGUGUCUGGUAAUAUACUGUUCCACACCAUGUAUGACUAUUUUAAAUGUCUUGUUACAUGUUUCUACAGUUGAAUUUGUAAAACAGUAAAAAAAAAAUGUUGCUUAAAAUAAAGUUGCUUUCACAAAGA